CGUCACGAGGAUCAAAGAGAGUCGAGUAGAGAGGAGAGAGAAGAGUAGCGAAGGCGACGCCGGCGAUCGAUCGAUCUGCCCAGAUCCCCUGCCCUCCCCGCCGACCGGCCGCCGCCUCCUUCUCCCUUUGCCCUCAUAUCGACGCCGGCGAUCAUCGCCGGCCAUGGGUUGCUCCUCCUCCGUGCCAGCUCGAAGCACUGGAGGGUUGAACAAUAUUAACAACGAUAACUCUGCUACUGAUUCAAAGGACUUACGUGCUAAGCUGGUAUUGCUUGGUGACUCCGGUGUAGGGAAAAGUUGCAUUGUUCUUCGCUUUGUUCGUGGUCAGUUUGAUCCCACAUCCAAGGUAACUGUCGGUGCAUCAUUUUUAUCACAAACAUUGGCUUUGGAGGACUCAACAAUAGUGAAAUUUGAAAUAUGGGAUACUGCUGGACAAGAGAGGUAUGCCGCCUUGGCACCUCUUUACUACAGAGGAGCUGCUGCUGCUGUUGUUGUCUACGACAUAACUAGUCCAGAAUCAUUUAGCAAAGCACAAUACUGGGUGAAGGAACUUCAAAAACAUGGUACUCCUGAUAUAAUCAUGGUUUUGGUUGGUAAUAAAGCUGAUCUACAUGAAAAUCGACAUGUAUCUUCUCAGGAAGCACAAGAGUAUGCAGAGAAGAAUAAUAUGGUUUUUAUUGAGACAUCAGCAAAGACAGCUGAUAACAUAAACCAAGUAUUUGAGGAAAUUGCAAAGAGGUUGCCCAGGCCAACGGCGUCGUGAUAAUCAGCUUCGGUCUUUAUUGAAACAAAUACAAGCUGGUAGCCUUGUUGAGUUGUGCAUGUAGCAUGUCAGGUCAAAGCUGCUUGGGCGUUGUAUCGAAAACAAAGGAUAAUGUACAGUUUAAAAUACCUUUAUGGUCA